UUAAUUUAAAAAUCUGUGGGAUUUGGUGCGCUUGAAGCUGGACUAAGGAGCUCAAGGAGAGGAAGACCAACCCGGUGUGCCGAAGACUGCCGUAAAGAUCGUUGGAUUGCGCUCUACCACUUUUGCAUCGACCAGAACCGCCGUGUUGCUUGCAGAACAAGUAAAUGGCGGAUCCCUCUACAUCCACGCAGCCAUCCGACGCCCAGAGGGAGGAGAUGCUGGACCGCAUGCUCACCCGCCUCGCUCUCGCUGAUGACUCCGAACUGGAGCAAUUGCUAUCAAAGAUCCUGCCCUACACCGUCUCCUCUCUAUCCUCUUUAUCUCCUUCAGUCCGCAAGUUGGUUAUGGAGAUUCUAACGCAUGUGAACAAACGGGUGAAGCACCGCCUGGAAAUAGGGUUGCCAAUGUUGGAGCUGUGGGAGAUUUAUUGUGAGGCCAGUGGUUUCCCCAUGGUUAGAAAUUUCUGUAUGGUGUACAUCGAGAUGUCCUUUGAUCGUUUGCCUGCCGAGGCGAAAGCCAAUAUGGCUCCUGAUCUUUUAGUUAAUGUCUCAAGGCUUCCCACCCAACAUCAAGACAUUAUUUUGAGGAUUAUUUUGAAGGCAAUUGGUGAGUGCGAUUUAAGUCAGCUUGAUGAAAAGAUUUAUGUGAAAUACAAGUCUUCUGAUGGUAAGGACAAACAACUUUUUGUGGAAUUUUGUCUCCAUACGAUUUUAUACCAACCGCCAUCACUUGGCGUUGGCUGCCCGGCUGGGCUUUCUUUGGCUCAAUCCGAUCGCAUUACAGGAAAGUUUCCAUUGAAAGGAGAUGUUCUGCUAAAGAGGAAGCUUGGGAUUUUGCAUAUUAUCGAAUCAAUGCAGCUAGCACCUGGGCUGGCCUAUCCUCUUUAUUUAGCUGCUGCUUCUGAUAGUCAAGAUCCUGUUGCUAAAAGAGGAGAGGAUUUACUAAAGCGCAGGACCGCUGGUGUCAAUUUAGAUGACUCUGAUUUGAUAGAAAAACUAUUUAUCCUGUUUAAUGGUACCACCAGUGUUGAAAGCUUACCUGCUGAUUUCCGAGUAACCCCUGUAAACAAUGCACUUCGUUUGCAACUUAUGUCUGUUUUCUGUCGCUGUAUUACUGCUGCCAAUGCCUUCCCAGCCGCACUUCAGUGCAUUUUUGGAUGCAUUUAUGGAAGCGGGACAACAUCAAGACUGAAACAGUUGGGAAUGGAGUUUACUGUCUGGGUGUUUAAACAUGCAUUAAUCGAUCGAUUAAAACUUAUGGGUCCUGUCAUCCUGAAUGCGAUUUCGAGGCAACUUGAUGGCUCUUCACUUGCUGAAACAGAUGCUAUUGCUAAAGAUGCUAAAUCUUUUGCUUUCCAAGCAAUAGGUCUGCUUGCUGCUCGGAUGCCCCAACUUUUCAGGGACAAAAUCGAUAUGGCUGUUCGACUGUUCACAUCAUUGAAAUUGGAAGACCAAUCUCUCCGUCUUACUAUACAGGAGUCGGUCACUUCACUUGCAGUUGCAUACAAGGAUGCCCCAUUGGCCGUGCUAAAGGAGCUGGAAGCAUUUUUGUUACAAAGCUGUAAAGCGGAGCAAAGCGAGGUACGAUUUUGUGCUAUGAGAUGGACGACUUCCUUAUUCUGCUUAAAUCAUUGUCCUAGCCGAUAUAUUUGCAUGCUUGGGUGUGAGGACACAAAGAUGGACAUAAGGGAAAUGGCCUUUGAAGGCCUUCAUCUAAGCAAAGAUCAAGAAUUAUUGAAUGGUGCAGAUGAUAAUGUUAAUUAUCCUAAGUUGAAAGAUAUGCUGAAUUACAUUUGUUUGCGGCAGCCAAAAUUGUUAGAUUCUAGUGAGCACAGGGAGAAGGAACUUCUUUUUCCUUCAAAGACUUAUUUUGCUAUGGCUAGGUUUUUGUUGAAGUGCUUUAAGGCAGAUUGCAGAAGAUGUGAUUCUGAAACAGAUGAGUUUAGAGCUGCAGUAUCGACGUAUUGCCAAGUUUUAGAGCAUGGAAUGGCUUUUGAUGGAUCUGUUGAGCUGCAUGCUACUUCCAUGAAGGCUUUAGUUGAGAUUGGUUCUCAUCAGCCCAAGUUGGUGGCAUCCCGAUAUGCAGAUCGCUUGUCUUGGCUACAAAUUUUCUGGUCUCAUGUUGAUUUUGAUACUCGUGAAGCUGCAUCAAGGCUACUGGGAAUAGCUUGUUCUACAAUUUCUUCCACCGAGGCUGCUGCUUUAACCACCGAACUACUCUCUUCAAUAAAUACCAAAUUGUUGAGGUUUGAAAAUCACCAUGGGCUUUUGUGCACCAUAGGGUACGUUGUAGCAGAGUGCAUGAGGGAAGUUCCCAAAAUUUCAGAGUCACUGUUUGCAAGCAUAGUUGACCAUCUUGUGAGUGUGGUUGAGUUAGAAAGCUCUGCUUUAACUUCAGUUUCUAUGGAAGCACUUGGUCAUAUUGGGCUACGCCAUCCUUUGCCAAUUGAUAUCAAUCAUGGUACAGUCUCAGGCGGUGUAUUACCAAUUUUGCAUGAAAAGCUGAAAAAGUUGAUUGAUGGGAAUGAUAUCAAAACUAUUCAGAGGAUUGUUGUUGCUCUUGGUCAUAUUUCAGUGAAGGAGGCAUCGAUAUCUCACUUGAAAAUUGCUCUUGAUCUAAUUUUUGGUCUUUCUCGGUCAAAGGUUGAAGAUGUACUCUUCGCUGCUGGUGAGGCUUUAUCAUUUAUAUGGGGAGGUGUACCUGUGACGGGAGAUGAGAUAUUGAAAACAAAUUAUAUAUCCCUUUCUCAGACAUAUAAUUAUCUUUCCGGUGAAAUGUCCUCAGCUUCAAUGAGAUGGAGCUCUUCUGAGCUUAAUGUUGACAAUGAGUCUCGUGCAUUGGCAAGAGAAAUGAUAAUAAAGAAACUUUUUGAUGAGCUUCUUUAUAGUAACAGGAAAGAGGAAUGUUGUGUGGGUACUGUCUGGUUAGUUUCGUUAACCAUGUACUGUGGUCAUCAUCCUAAGAUCCAGCAUCUUCUUCCAGAAAUUCAGGAAGCAUUUUCACACCACCUUGGUGAUCAGAAUGAACUUACGCAGGAAUUGGCUUCUCAAGGCAUGAGCAUUGUGUAUGAACUUGGUGACAUGGCUACUAAGCAAGAGCUAGUUAAUUCUUUAGUAAAUACAUUGACAGGUUCAGGGAAGAAGAAAAGGGCUAUUAAGUUGAUGGAGGACUCUGAAGUAUUCCAGGAAGGAGCUAUAGGCAAAAGUCUUAGCGGAGGAAAACUCAGCACUUACAAGGAGCUUUGCAAUUUAGCAAAUGAGAUGGGGCAGCCUGACUUAAUCUAUAAGUUCAUGGAUCUUGCGAACUAUCAGGCAUCUCUAAAUUCCAAAAGAGGUGCUGCCUUUGGGUUUUCUAAGAUAGCCAAGCUAGCUGGGGAUGCACUUCAGCCACAUUUGGCUGCAUUGAUACCCAGACUAGUUCGCUUUCAAUAUGAUCCUGAAAAAAAUGUUCAGGAUGCAAUGGCAAACAUAUGGAAGUCUCUUAUUACAGAUUCAAAGAAAGCCAUUGAUGAAUAUUUUGACCUCAUUGUCGAGGAUUUGUUGUCGCAAUCUGGAUCAAGACUUUGGCGUUCUCGUGAAGCUUCCUGUCUUGCCCUUGCAGAUAUUAUUCAAGGCCGAAAAUAUAGUCAAGUAUCCAAGCAUUUAAGAAGAAUCUGGACGGCCGCUUUUCGUGCUAUGGAUGAUAUUAAGGAAACUGUUCGAACUUCCGGUGAUAGUUUGUGUCGUUCUGUAACUUCACUGACUAUUAGACUGUGUGACAUCUCUCUUACUCAAUUAUCAGAUGCAAGUGAAACUAUGAAUAUUGUUCUUCCUUUCUUUCUUGAGGAAGGGAUUGUAAGUAAAGUUUCUAGCAUACAAAAGGCGUCAAUUAACAUUGUAAUGAAGCUUGCAAAGGGCUCUGGUGAUGCAAUCCGACCACAUCUUCCUGACCUUGUUUGUUGUAUGCUGGAAUGUUUAUCAAGCCUUGAAGACCAACGACUUAAUUAUGUUGAGUUGCAUGCUGCAAAUGUCGGAAUUCAUGCAGAAAAACUGGAGAAUUUGCGAAUUGCUGCAUCCAAGGACUCUACAAUGUGGGAAACACUUGAUAUGUGCAUAAAAGUUACUGAUAAGCAAUCACUGGAAUCUUUAGUUCCUCGUUUGGCCCAACUUGUUAGAAUUGGAGUUGGAUUGAAUACAAGGGUAGGUGUUGCCAGCUUCAUUACUUUACUAGUACAGAAAGUAACAGUUGACAUAAGUCCUUUCACAAGCAUGCUGUCAAAAUUAUUGUUUCGAGCCACUCUAGAUGAAAAGCGAGGUUCAGCGAAGAAAUCAUUUGCUGCUUCUUGUGCCAUUAUCCUGAAGUAUGGAAGCCCUUCUUUAGCACAAAAGCUAAUUGAAGACACUGUAGCUCUUCACUUGGGUGAUAGAAAUUAUCAAGUUUCAUGUGCAGUUCUUCUUAAGAAUUAUGCUAAUCUCGCUGCAGAUAUUUUGAGUGGUUACCACGCUGCUAUAAUUCCAGUUAUCUUUGUGUCAAGAUUUGAAGAUGAUAAAGAUGUUAGUACCUUAUAUGAGGAGCUAUGGGAGGAUAAUUCGACCAGUGAACGUGUCACUCUUCAAUUAUAUCUGCAAGAUAUUGUUUCCUUAGUUUUUAAUUACAUGUCCUCAUCAUCUUGGGCUAGUAAAAGGAAGGCUGCAAAGGCAACAGUUAAACUUUGUGUAACGUUGGGUGAUUCUGUGUCAGCAUCCCACCAAGUGUUACUGGAAUGCAUUCUCAAAGAAGUGCCAGGUCGUUUUUGGGAGGGCAAAGAGGUUAUUCUCCAUGCUCUAGCUUCUCUCUGCUCAUCCUGCAGUAGUGCUAUCUCUACUGCUGACCCAGUUGCCUCACGGGUUAUUCUAAGCUCUAUAAUAUCCUCAUGUGCCAAAAAAGAAAAAUGUUUUCGUGAAGCAGCCUUCGUAGGUCUUCAGCAGAUUAUUAGAGCUUUUGAUGAUCCAGAGUCUUUCAGGGAGGUUGUCCCCUUUCUGUACGAGGUGUGUGAUCAAGCCAUUGUCUCCAAAAAUGCAAAAGCUAAUACCAUCAAUACUUCUGCUGCAAUAGAUAAUGAACUUAUUGAUGACUCUAGUCUGGCGCUUGAGAAGGUCCUGGAUUGUAUUACAGCUUGUAUUCAUGUGGCUAGAGUAGAGGAUGUCCUCAAAGAAAAAGAAAGAGUUAUCCAUAUCCUUACUUCUUUCAUGCUACCUGGAUUUAAUUGGACUGUCAAAUUGUCAGUUUUAUCGUCAGUUAAAGAGCUUUGUUUGAAACUGCAACCCAGUUUGGAUAAAACUGCCGUCUCAUUUGAUACAACAUAUUUGAUUGAUGAGUUGUUCCAUUCUGUUGCGCCAAAUUUAUUUGAAGCCAUUCGCACUGUGAAGAUAGCCCAGCUUCAUACUGCUGCUUCAGAAUGCAUUCUAGAGAUUGUCAAACUAAAUCAAAACAGUUCGUUGGAGAAAAAGAGAAUUGCCAAGUUCAGAGACGACUUAGUUCAUCUAAUUGAAAUCGAAAAAAGCGAACAAGCGCGGACGUUUCUUCGAAGAUCAAUCGAAAUCCUACAAGAACUUGAAAAAGGAGAUUCCCGCGAAAUUUAAUAUGAUCAGAAUGUGACAUUAUUGCACUUCACUUGUGUGCUAAUUCUAGUUAACAUUCAAGUGUUCAUUAUUCCCACACUACAGAAGAAAAAGAAACAGAUAAUCAAUGUUAUAAAAGGUUGUCUUACCCUGUAUGAUUUCGCAACUAAUGGUAUUUUAAUUCGUUCUAUCAUUGUAUACAAUACAAGGAAAUAAUUAUAUUCGGCAAAUGGAUAAAUAACAUAUUGAUUGUAUUAAUUGUUUCUAUAAGAAAGAUUUUUGUUA